GGAUGAUCGUAUCGUCACGCCAUUCGAUCAAUAACGCUUUUUGGCAGCAUCACAAUGGGCGGAGAAUCUGAGCGACGAUCUGGAGAGGAUGGUCCUGGUGGAGCUCUGAAGGAUAUUGGUGACCAACUCCAACCAAAAAGUGAGGAUGAGGGACCGUAUGAGGAGCCGAGUUACUCCAAGAUCGAUGACAAGAGGCCGAAAUAUCAUCCUCCAGCGGACUCGACCAUGUCUGGUGUCAUGGAGACCGUGAAAAUAUCGAAUAAUCACCAGAAGCAAAGCACUGGAGUGAUUGGGCGUAUCACCCAGUCCCUGAACCCAUUCGGCUCUUCAGAUCCUUCUACAACUCCCGAGAAAGUAAAUGAGAAGCACCCGAGCCAGAAAUCAGAAACAUCAAGAGAAAAGAAACUUCAAAAGGAAGUAACCCAGUUACAAGCUGAGAAAACGUCUCUGAGCACAAGUCUCAACGAUUUGGCAAUCAAGUUUAAUUUACAAACCAAAGAUCUUGAUAGCAAAAAGCGUCUCAUCAAGCGAUGGGAGGACUGGAAAGAUGAGUCCGAUGAGCUCUGGCGCAAACGAGGAGAGGAACUCAGGAAAUCGAAAGCCGCUUAUGAUCGCUUGUUUGAUGACUAUCGCAAGCUCAAGCGGACAAAGGAAGAUCUUGAAACUGAGCUCGAUGAGGAAAGGGAUGUGAACAAGACUCUGAGACAAGAUAUCAAGAACCAAGAGGGAGUAGUGACUGAGGCGCACUCCAGGGCUAUAUCACUACUGGCUGGUCAUGUCUCAAGCGAUUUUCCUGACGAUCAGGUUCGAACUGAACUGCAGGAUCUGUUUGAGAAGUGCUCUGAGUGGUGUAUGGACAAUCGCUUGCCACGGAUCACCAACGUCGAAGAGACGCGAAAACUCCUGCUAACCGAAGAUAUCGUCAACGAUCUAGAUUGCGAGGAGUAUCUACGAUUCGACAUGACGCACAGAACAGCCACAGCGAUAUUGCUACAAGCUGCACUUACAAAACGACUUGUUCAGAUCUUUCUCAGCGAUCCAUUCUUUCUAGGCCAAAAUUGCUUGCACAAAACAGCCCUGCAAGGAGGCGCCAGCGCAGAAGCCACAGUGACGUGGAGGAUCCAGACUUGCCAAUACCUAGAGCAAGCAUUCCCCCCACAAAAGCAAGCACUACAAACAUGUGCCGAGAAUUUCGCAAAGGCAUACCAACCCCUCAUUGAGCCCCUCGGCAGAGAAAGCCUCACGCAGCUUACCAAGCUUUUCGAGACCACAUGCAGCCUUGCGCUACGACUCUGGAAGCUAACAACCAAUAUCCGAAUCGAAGCGCUAGGUGAUGCCACCCUCUACCGGUUCCAGAGCAUGUUUGGCGACAUGGAGGCGCAUCCAACAGUCGGUCUUUUGAAAGGUGAUAAGCGGUUCGACGGCCGCCCGAUUUGUGUGGUAGUGCGCCCGCGCAUUGUCUCGGAGCCAGUGGAAUCUGAGAAUCGCGGGAGAGGCAUUGUCUGGUCGCCUGCGCAGUGUAUCACACUUAUUGAGAUCCCUUCUUUGCCAGAAGCUCCGUCGGUGGGAACAGACACGUCGGUAAGCGAUGAGUCGGAAAGCCCUCCGCCAGUACUGUUGAUUGCGGUGAUGGGAGUGACUGGCUCUGGAAAGAGUAACUUUCUCAGGCUCUUGACUGGCAGAGACGAUGAAGACGGGCCCCAAGUCGGGCAUUCACUUGGAUCAUGCACGCAGAAGACGGAAGCCUACGAGUGCCUCAUCCAGGGCCAGCAGUUUGUCUUUUUUGACACGCCCGGCUUCGAUGACACGUACCGAGGCGAUGCAGAUAUUCUUGCCGAUGUCGCUCAAGCCCUCAGCUCUUCGUACAUGAACAACGUCAAGCUCAGUGGAAUCAUUUACCUCCACCGCAUCAAAGAUGAGAGAAUGACCAAUGCCAUCAUGCGAAACCUCACCAUGUUCCGUAACCUCUGUGGUGAUGGCGCCUUUGAGAACGUCAUUCUUGCAACUACCUUCUGGGAUGAGCUGCAGGAUGAGUCCAAGGGAGCCGCUAGAGAGCAUGAGCUGAUCUCAACUCCUGAAUGGUGGGGAUAUAUGAGCAACAAAGGCUCAAGAAUUCGACGAUUUCAAAACACUCGAGAAUCCGCUCUUGAGAUAGUCAAUGAGCUAGUUGACCUCCCUGCCGUAACUUUGCAGAUCCAAGAAGAGAUCGUAGAGCAAGGUCUGGGAGUCGACCAAACAACGGCAGGUGAAGCUCUCAACGAGGAACUCAACAAGCUACGAGAACAACACCAAGCCCAGCUCAACUCCAUCCGCGAAGAAAAAGAACAAGCCAUCAAAGAUCGGGACGUCCAACUCGAGAAAAUGCUCGACAAGCUCGAACAAGAGAAACAACAAUUCAUGCGCCGUCUCGAAAGCGAGCAAGCUGCCCUCCACGCCGAUCGCCGCGAACAGCAACGCCGCAUGGAACAGGCCUUCAACGACCAACUCGUCCGUCUAGAGCGCGAACGCAAGGCAAGAGAAGCCAAGAUCCAAGACCUGGAAACCCGACUAAGUACCGAGCGCGCAGAUGCCAACGAGCGAUUUCAAGCUGCUAUGGCAGAAUCGAACCGCAUGGUCAGCGCGUUAAAGCUCGAGAUGGAGCAGGCACGUGAGGAGGAUCGGGCGGAGUAUGAUGAGACGAUUAGGAAGAUUGAGGAGAGGCAGAGAGGCGCUGUGGAUGAGGCGGGGAGGUGGAGGGGCGAGGUUGAGAGGUUGAAUCGGCAGAUCAGAGAUGCGAGUACCGCGCAGGUUGCGGCGCAUGGAGUGGAGAAAAGGAGGAUGGAGGCGAGGAUUAGAGAGUUGGAGCAGACGAGGAAUACGAGUAAUACGAACUUUUGGGAUGUGGUUGGGAAUAUUUCCAAUGUUGCUACGGGGAUUUUGUUACAUUUGCUUUGAAUCGAGCUAGCUGGUGUUUAAUGCGCAUGAUUUCUCG